CAUCAUGGCUCCUGCCCGGCACUUGCGACGACGCAGGCCGCAGGAGUCACCCGCCCAGGGCACCUGCCUCCAGAUAUUCGCCCAGCUGCGCACAUGCAUAUGAGGCCACCAGGUAAACCGGAAGGGGCUCUGCCAUCAGUUGGUACUACUUGCCAAAGUUACCUAAUGUGCCUCGCCUCAGGUACCUGCCUGCACGCUGCCCAAGUACCCUCCUCCUCAGGUACCCGUACUCGUACCCGUUGCCGUGCCCCCAAAGCCGCCACGACCUGUGAGGGUACGCGCGAUGCAGGCACUGGCCGUACCUGUGGCUGCCCCCGGCAUGGCCGUCUGUGGCAAGCGCGACCUGCCCGGCCACCAUUUCACAGGUAGGUACCUUAGGUGCUUUGGGUACUGCACCUACCGUCCGUACUUGCAGCUCGGGUCGAGCAGGGACAGACGCACGGUGAAGGGAGGCUGACGCCCUGGCUGGCCUGGCCGGCCUUCCAGCUGCAUGUCUGGCGUUGCGGCGUGAUGCGGCCAAACGCGGGCACGCACACUGCGUGGCGAAACCUCAUCCUCACUUUGGACGAACGAGCCCUUGACGAGGGACACUCUGACCUCCCGAUCGGUCAUCCAUCUUCGCCACGGAGCAGGCACCUACUUAAAGAAGAGCAUCUCUCCUGUUCUAGAAGGCGGGCUGUCGACCACCGUCCCCGUUGCUCAUGCCUUGCCGCCGUUAGCAGUCUUUGCCGGGCCGCCAUCAUGGAAACUGACCAUCAGGAGUCGCCGUCGGCGCCUUCAUCGCUGCCCCACGAAUCUUCGGGUCUCUUCACGCUCAACUACCUGUUCCCGGGCAUCUCUGGUAUUCUUUCCCCCCUGCUCAGCUUCUUGGGCAUUGAUCCCAACGCCUACAUCCCAUUCCUCGUUGCCGCCUUUGGUCUCUUCUUUGCGUUUGACUGGCUUCGCUGGUACUACCGAGAGUUCAUCCAACUCUAUUUCGUGACCUCGGCCUCCAUCGCCGAGGAUGAUGAGGCUUACGAGAUGGUGAUGCUAUGGCUGUCGAAGCAAUCCUUCUCGCGCUCGUCGCGCCGCUUCCGUGUCAACAAGGAGGUCAGCAUGCGGCUCCGAAAUUUUCGCUAUUGGUACCGGGAGCAGUUCAACGAUGCCAGCGGCAGCGAGGACGAGGUCAAGGAGGCGACACUUCAUUACACGCCAGAUUUUGAGACGCAGCACUCGUUCAAGUACAACGGCACCAAGUUCCGCUUUCUCCGCGUCCGCCCCAGUACCAAGGAUGGCAAGAAUGACCGCGAAGAGCUGUACAUCUACUGCUACGGCCGCAACCCGCGCGUCCUCAAGGAGCUGCUUGCCGAGUGCUACGCCGAGUAUAUGGAAAAGGACGCCCGCAAGACGCUCAUCUAUCGCGCCAACCUCUCGGACAAGAUGUGGCAGCGCUGCAUGUCACGCCGACGCCGGCCCUUCUCUACCGUCAUCCUCGACGACGGUGUCAAGAAGGACUUGCUGAAUGACGCCCACGACUAUCUAGAUGCAAACACUCGUCAGUGGUACGCCAAUCGCGGUAUCCCCUACCGUCGCGGGUACCUCUUCCACGGCCCUCCCGGCACGGGAAAGAGCUCCCUCAGCUUUGCGCUGGCGGGCCAGUUGAGCAUGAAGAUUUACAUCGUCAGCCUUAAUUCCGCGUCGGCAACCGAGGAGACGAUCUCCAAGCUCUUCAACGAGUUACCUACCCGCUGCAUCGUCCUGCUCGAGGACAUUGAUAGCGCCGGACUCACCCAUACCCGCGAGACUCCUCCGCCUGCACCGAUGCCCGCCCCCGUCAGGACUCCGCCCUCCGCCUCCCCUUACCAGUGGAGGAUGCCUGAGAUGCCGAUGCCGGCGGCGGGUGCUGGCGGCUCCCUAUCGCUCUCUGGCCUGCUGAACAUUCUCGACGGCGUUGCCUCGCAGGAGGGACGGAUUCUCAUCAUGACCACCAACCACAUCGAGAAACUGGACAAGGCGCUCAUCCGCCCGGGUCGCGUUGACAGGAUGAUUCACUUUGGUCUCGCGGACGAGGUCAUGACUGCUUCCAUAUUCCGCGCCAUCUACUCUCCGUAUGAGAACGAAACUGCCCCGUCACGCCGUCGCCGUGCCGGCGCCAAGAUGGUUGAACCCGAAGAUCCCGUGGCAGAGGAGAAAGAACGGAUCGAGAUCCGCAAACGGGUAGGCGAACAGGCGGAGCGCUUUGCCAAACUGAUUCCGGAGCUGGAAUUCUCACCUGCAGAGAUCCAGGGCUUAUUGCUGCAACACAAGCACGAGCCCGCGGACGCAAUCGCAGCUGUGAGCAGCUGGGUGAUUCGAACCCGCAAGGAGAAGAAGGAAAAGGCAGCCGAGGAGGCAGAGAAGAAGCGCAAGGAGUCAGAGGAGCAGGCUAAGGCCAAGGAACUGGAAGCCAAGGUAGGGCGGUCAGACGAUGGCUCCUGGGAGCGGUCGGAUGCGGGCGGCGAGAGUGAGGCUGUGCUCAAUGGCGAGCUGGAAGCCGUCUCAACGGAUAGCACGGACUCGACGUCAGAUGCGGGAGUGAUUAAGGCAACGGUCCAGUCGGACUCGGGAUAUGGGACGCCGUAAAGCGGUGCAGACGCCGCAGAGUCUAUCGGGCAGGGGGUGGAUGUAGAGAAAUGGUUACACAUGUUAUUUUUACACAGACACGGUCGUUUACACGGACAGCGAGGCGACGCAGCAUGCAACUGGAAAUUCUAUCGAGACGCUUGCUUUCUUUUCAAUGUGGCGGCGUGUUCCCGUGAG